AUGAACAUAACAAAACAUCAAAAGAGAAUAGUUUUAACUCCAUCAUAUUCUCUCAUGCAACAUUCUAAACAAUACCAACUCUGUGAAACUAUUGUCCAAUAUGUAGUAGGUCUUCUAUUUUCUUCAACUCAUUUACUUGUUCUCAUCACCAUUCAAAACUCACAAAAACCAUUAACCAGUAAGGAAAUAGCCCAUCACCUAUGCUUACCUCGUCGACUUCUUCGUCCUUUCAUUUCAGACUUGGUCAGAGAUAGUUUCAUCAACCAAAAAGUUGAUGGUGUUGCUUAUUACUUUAUAGACUAUUCAAAAACAUUAAGGAACAUAGUUGGCUCCUAUGUCAUCCUUACUACCUUACCUGAAAAUGACUCCUCUUCCUCAUUCCUAAAAUGUUCAAAUAUUUUUUGUGGAUGGAGUUGUACAUACGAAAGAGGAAUAGAUAACUUUUACAAUGGAGUGUUUUUCUGCGAAGAGUGUGAACAACCGAUGCACGUUGUUGACAACGAUCGAGAAGAAAGAAGAAAGAUAUUAAAAACAAGAAACCAAUUAAGACCUUUAAAGAAAUUACUAAUGGAAUUAAAAAAGACUUAUUUUAGUAUUGAGGAUUAUCCAAUAUUUCUUAUUGAAAAACAACAAACGAUACAAGAAUAUAACAAAAGAAGUUUCAAAGAAAAACAUUCAAAAAUUGUUGUUAAUGGACCAAUGCCAUGGGAGCAAGAAGACAAUAUUCAAGAAACAAAUAAAGAAAGUCAUGUGGUUAUUGAAAAAAAUAAGGAGGAAGAGCUUAAUAUUUAUGCAAACAUUCAAUGGGAACGACCUAUUUUCUUAAAGGAAACAAAACUAUUUUUUGAGAAAACAUUUAUAAAAGACUCUCCAUUAACAAGGGAGAAAGUACCUCGUACACCUCGUUUAAUUUGCAAUACCAUAAAAAAGGUUAGAAAAAGUAGGUCGUUAAUGUCAGUAGAUAGAAAAAAAGUUUUAAUGUAA